CGCUCUAUUCUCAUCAUGACAGAGCCUGCUCCCUCUACAGCGACAGCGCCCGCGGCUGACAAGCCCCGCGAUCAAGGACGAGAUGGCAAGGUCGCCGACAUGGAAUACUACGACCUCCUCUCUGUCCCCGCCUCAGCGUCUGAUCUCGAGCUCAAGAAGGCCUAUCGUAAAGCCGCCAUAGUAAAUCAUCCGGACAAAGGUGGUGAUGAGGAGAAGUUCAAGCUCGUCGGAGAAGCAUAUCGCGUCCUUUCUGAUUCUAAUCUGCGCGCUGAUUACGAUCGUCAUGGAAAGAAGAAGCCAACAGAUGAAGUAGGACUCAAAGAGGCGACGGAGAUGUUUGGCAACUUGUUUGGUGGGGAGAGAUUUGUGGAUUACAUUGGCGAGAUUUCGCUGCUCAAGGACUUUGGAAAGGCGAGCGAGAUUAUGAUGAGCGAAGAGGAAAAGGCUGAAAUGGAGGCAAAGUUGAAAGAAGAACAAGGCAAGAGCGGUGAGGCGGCCACGGGGGCGACUGAGCCUGGAGCAAGCGCCACGCCCGCUGCUGCUGCUGCUACAGCGGCGGCAUCGACCCCUGCGGGUAAAGGUGAAGCUACCACCGCGACUACCAAUGCGACCGCAACAUCAGAGACGGCCAGCGCCUCUGGCUCCACGCCAUCCUCGGCUGGGGACACCCACCUGCAAGCGCACGACCCCAAGUCUAGCAAACGCCCCUCAUCCUCUUCUACCCCCUCAACUAAGCUCACUCCCGAGCAAAAAGCCAAGCUCGAGGAGCUCGAGACACAGAAGAGCGCCGCGGAGCAACAGCGCAUCAAAGACCUCACCGCAAAGCUCCUCGAGCGCAUCAGGCCCUUUGUCACCUCGCGCAACCCCGGAGACGCAAACGACAGCGAGACGCAGCUCUUCGAGAAGAAGAUGCGCCAAGAAGCUGAGGACCUCAAACUCGAGUCGUUCGGCGUUGAGCUCCUCCACGUCAUCGGAUCCGUCUACCUCUCCAAGUCCACUACCUGGAUCAAGUCGCAGCGACACCACUUCCUCGGCUUGCCUGGCUUCUUCAGCCGCCUCAAGGAAAAGGGAGGAAUGGUCAAGGAGACAUGGAACCUCCUAGGAUCAGCCGUCUCUGUUCAGAUGUCAAUGGAGGAUCUGGCCAAACGACAAGAGAAGGGGGAAAUCCCUGAAGACGAGCUUCGUCAGCUCGAACAGGAGAUGAGCGGCAAGAUGCUCCUCGCUACCUGGCGUGGCACGAGGUGGGAGGUAACGGGCGUGCUGAGGAGGGUAUGUGAUGCUGUUCUCAAUGAGAAGGGGGUAGACCAGAAGACCCUCCUGCAUCGCGCUAGGGCAUUGGCGCUGCUAGGGACCAUCUACAAGCAGGUCAAGCCGGACGAGAGCGAUGAGGAGAGGCGAGAGUUGGAGAGGCUAGUUGCUGAGGCGGCUGGGAAGUCAAAGCAUGGCAAAGACAAGCAUAAGAAGGAUAAGUCGGCUGGCGAGAAGGCGGGGGAGAGUGGGACGUCUACCCCAGCUGGUGGAAAGGCAGCUGGUGCCACGCCUGCUGCUGCGGCUUGAGGAGCAGCUCGUUGGAUCGUUUGUCGCUAUUCCAUCCCUCCUACACCUACGACCUUCCCGUCCCGCGUUCCGUGGCGUUCCGUUACCCGGACGUCCUUCCUCCUCUCUUCAUGAGCAAUAUUUUUCCCCCCUUCAGUCUCCUCUUGCUUCCUCUCAUGCUAGACGCUCGAUAUGGCUUGUGUUCACUUCCAAAUUCAAUAGCGCAGGAUGUUGCACCACGUGCUCGCCCCUCCGGCUCCUUGUCAUGCCCUCACGAUCGUCCAAGCCACAACGACCCCUCCCUCACCUUGACCUUGACCCUGACCGUGAUCCGUUGCCUUUCCAUCUUCGUGCCCUACCUCCCCAC